GUGAUCUGAGUGAAGCCAUGGGUCAUGGCGAGCGGGAUUCCCAGUGAGAGUGUGGUUAGUGAGCUGUGCUGCCCUUUCUGCCUGGACACGUUCGUCUGCCCCUCCACUCUGAGCUGCGGACAUUCAUUCUGCGUUCAGUGUCUUCCCUGUGCGACCCCAGCUGGGGAGGAACGUGGCCCUCGCCAACCUGGUGGAGCAGCUCAAAGUUGGAGAAAGGAUGGCCGCGACCGUCGUGUGUGACAUUUGCGGUGAUGGCCACACUCCUGCAGUGAAGACCUGCAUGAGAUGUGAGAUAUCCUACUGUUUGUCCCACUUCAGGCCACACGUGGAGAAUUCCAGAUUGAGAGACCACGCCGUAGUAGAUCUCACUGCAAGUUUGGAGCAGCGAGGGUGCCGGGAGCACAGGCAGGAGCUCAAGUUCUACUGUGAACAGGAUGAGAGCCUGGUCUGCAUAGUUUGCCUCAAUGCAGGAGACCACAUUGAACACAGAGUCGUCGCAGUGGAAACAGCUCAACGGACAAAACAGACAUCAAAAGCGAUUCCAAUUGAACAAGUUGCAGGGCUGUGUGUAGCAGAGGAGCCACGGGUGACCGCGGCCCGGCCAAGGAUCAUUUACAAAGAACAGUGCAAGACCAAGCUGCAGUCAUCAACUGAGCACAGUGCUAAUAGCACAUCGAACAAGCUGGCGCCGAAAACCUCAGUACCAGUGCCUGAAUUUUAUCAUUCCAUUUAUGGAAAAUCAUUACCAUUUAUCACGCCAUCCGAUUAUGUCAAAAUUAUCGAAAUCAUUAAGAAACCCAAAGCAAAUGCCAACCAGGCAUUAGCUAUUGUUAACAUGCUUCUUCCAUAUAUCAUGCAAGUCAUAAAGAUGUGGGGAGUUAGUAUUCUACAUCCUGUAAAUAUCAGUGAGCUCGCUUCAGAUAAUAUGGAAACAUGCCGCAGUAGCCAGUCUUGCAAAAGUCCUACUUUUGCAAAAAGAUCGAGCAAGGCAGCUGCUUCUUCCCUUGCAUCACAGACACGGGCGUUGAAUAAAGUUCCAUUGUCUAGACUUGACUGUCUCGUUGCUCUACUCAGUUCUGCUGAUUGCACUGUGGUACAAGAUCUCAUUCAGAUCCUGAGCAAAUUCCCAGUAGCGUUGCCGCUGGUGAUGCCCAACCUGGAGAAGAAAGGCGAAUACAAAGUGAUGCUCCCCCUGCUCACUGGAAACACCGUAAAGUGGGAGGUUCAAUCAGGUGUCAUCAUUGAGAACAACAUCUUCACCAAUCCUUUCGUACUGAUUUUGGCUGUUCGUCUUGGCAAUAGCACGUGCGGGAAAAGCACGAUCCUCAACCAGCUCAUGGCCGUGGAGAACAUGUUCUCAUCGUGUGGAGAACCUGGAGCUCGACGGGGACGCCCUUUGACGCUGGAUGGAACGGUCGAGUUCACGUGGCUCACCAAGGAGACCUGCGGGGCUGGGCUGUGGAAUUCCGUCCUGCAGCAGUUUUAUGCACGUGGAGGGAGCGAGGUUGUGCUGCUGGCCAAUCUUCACGGUGAUGCCUCUGAAUACCCUGAAGUUAUCCAGUUCUUCAAGAAUUUAGCAUCAACCUACGUGGUGUUUAUGAUGCCAGAAAAGGGGGAACUUCAGGAAGAGAAAUGGAAAAAAUUUGUCCAAUGCUCUGGUUCACGAGAGAACAUCCAUUAUCUUAUGGUGGAUCCUGAUGAAGACUGCAAUGAACCAGAAGAGAGUGUUAUUCAAACGACGAGGCUCACAAAUGAUGACACAUUACAGAAAGUACGAGCUCUUUUAAAAAAUGCCUUAACAUCAGUUGCACCCAAAAUGAUUACUGUCUCAAAUCCAGAUAUGUCCAAAAUUGGUAAAACGCUGCAAGUAAUAGAGGGUGUUUGCUGCAAUCCAUCACAAAAUGUUAUAAAAUUCAUCAUUGAAAAAACUUGCCAAGAGACAAGGAAUUAUAUGCAAUUUCAAAUUAGAAACUCGGUCGAACGAAAUAGCAAUGAAUUAUGGGAAGGCAAUGAAGUUUUGCAAACACUGAUACACUUAUAUGUUGAAGUUUUGAGGCUCCCUCUAUCAGAACGACUAAAAGCGAUGGCUCAUCUCGAGCAAAGUAUUUCCCAGCUCUCAAAUUCUGAGUCCUCAAAACUGAGACAAAUUGUUAUAGCAGACAAAGAAGAGCUUGAACGUCAAAUACUCUUGAAUGGCCAAAACAAGUUGACGAUUAAUAAAAUGAAAGAACACAUCAAUACAAACAUGAAGAAGUUGGAUAAUAAGUCGCUUGGUCCAGAGCAUUUUUUUCGCGAGUUGGGUCACAUAUACGAAUUGACAAACGAGGGCCAAAGAGAGAGUGGAGCUCUUUUUGAAUGUCCUACUUCAUACGCCGAGCUGCUAAUGAGUGGCCACGCCAUUGAGCUGCUAAACGGCGACACUGGAGAAAUGCCGGGUGCUUGGCUGACGGCGAUUUGCAACCACGUCACAAAAGCAUUCCCAAAUUUGCGCAUAUUUGUUCUUUCAAUACUAGGAUUGCAGUCUUCUGGAAAGUCCACACUCCUGAAUGCCCUCUUUGCCUGCAAGUUCGCAGUGUCUGUUGGUCGCUGCACUCGCGGUCUCUUUAUGCGGCUGCUGUUCCUGGAGGAGAAACUCAGUGAAAGACUGAACGCUGAUGCAAUCCUGCUCAUUGACACGGAGGGGCUUGGAGCGCCAGAAAAAAUGAAUGAUGAUGAUGCAGAAAAAAGGGACCGAAUGCUGGCAACGUUUGCUAUGAGCGUUAGCAACCUGACCAUCAUAAAUAUCCUCGGGGAGUACAUGAGGGAAUUGACUGAGAUUCUGCAGAUUGCAAUUGUGGCGAUGGCACGGCUGGAAAUGGCUAAAAUGUCUCCAGACAUUUUCAUGGUUCAGCAUCUGACAGAGAGAAACACAUCAAAGACCUCUUCAGGGCAUGAACAGUUCUGCAAAGCUCUGCAAAAAGCACUAGAGUUCACAAAAGAAAAAGACGUUGACAUGGAACUAUUAGAUGUGAAUUGCUUGACAAAUCUAGCUGACAGAAUCAAGAAAGGAGAGCUUCUGAAACAGUUCCGCCCCUUUAAGAAUGGGGCAAGUGCCGGUGCCCCACCGUCAGAAGAAUACCACAAUGACGUGGUGGAUCUUUAUAAAACCAUCCUAAACGCAUGUCAGAAGUCAGAAAAUAAGAUACCAUUCAGGGAUUGGCAUUCACUUGUACAGAGCUAUUGGAAUUGCGUCUCACAUGAAAAUUUUAUUGUUCGAUUUAAAAACAUCAAGGAGAUGUAUGAGUUCAUAGAUCAUGGUCAGCGAAUUGCCAGGUUAAAGGAAAGAAUAGACGGAGCGUUUUUUGUACACGUGGAAGCCAUGAGACGUCAAAUACGAGCUGCAGUGACACAUUGGACACCAGAAGAGCAACCACGCAUGUGUGAAUUGCUUUUAAAAGGGUUUAAGAAGGAAUUAAAUGCAGUUCCAAUUAAUUGUCAAAAGGACAAUUCUAAUAAUUUGGGAUGUGGAAAAUGUACAGAAGUCAUAACAGAGACAAGCAUAUUAGAUAAUUAUGUUACAGAAAAAGAGUGUGGACCUGAAAUUAUGGAUACAAUUGAUGCCUAUACCAAGCAAGUCCGCCAGUCUGCUUUGAUAACUCUCACACAAAUAUUAGAUGCCACAGUUGUGCGACACGGUUGCUCACUGGAGUUCAUGGAGGAGAUUACACGCAGCCUGAAUGAUGCAUUAAGUCAAAGUCCAGCUGGUCAAUUCACUGUGCCUGAACGCAAGACACAAGUAAACAAAAUAUGGGCAUCUCUUGUAGAAAUCACCAAGUCCAAAGAAAGAAGUGCCCCUGAUUGUGACAAAAUGGCAGAAGAAAUAUCUAAAGAAUAUUCAAUGACACAAAUGUGUAUCAGUGGAGGUUUUGAGGAACUGCAGCUACAUUGUUUGGGCGAAUUAGAAGCAUAUCAAAAGUCAAAAUUGUAUUACCUAGUCCGUAACCAAACAAAAAUGAGUGGUGAUGAGAUCUCCUGGCUCAAAAAUGAACUUGAUAAAAUCCCAAAGUCAAUUCUUCAUGACAAAGAAGCGGAGCACUUUGAAACAGGCAUGAUUCGUUCUCUGAAAAUUAGAGUAGACAACAUUCUCCAACAGUUUGAAAAACAUUUUAAGAAGAAAUUUAUCAUUAAGUUCAGAUCGAAUUUUCACCUCUAUACUCUGCAGAAAUUUGGCCACCUCAUGUCGAUGUGUCAAAAGGAAUGGGAAAAGAAACACAGUCCGACUUCAAUAUUGCAUCAAAGAAAGGAGGAAUUAAAAUCACUCAUAGAUCUUCGCCUACAGCACGGCUUCACAUCUGCUUCUGAAGGACGUAUCAUUUCCAAAUAUCUUCUGGAGGCAAUUAAACAGAAAUCGUUGAAAGCUGGGAAUUCCGAGAAAGUUCAAGCUGUGCUCGACCUCCAGUGGACAACCAAUAGCGAGAAGGUGCGGCUUCGGUAUUUUGAGCAGUUUGCUUCCCAGGUGAAUAACGGUAAAAAAGAAGAGGCGCUUAAGCAUUUUGAGGAUCCAAAGCAAGCAAUAAACAAGUGGUUUACUCAGACAAUUAAUCAUCAUGCUCGUAGUAAGGAGACGACACAAUGCAAGAAAACAUUUAAAAGUGAGUUCCAGCGUGUUCUUCAGAAAGUCGGAAGUUGUUCAGAUGUUAGGGAAGUUAUCACUUUCACCCAACGUUACUUGACAGAUGUAGAGAAUGUCGAAUACAAAAGUGGUAUUGAAAACCAAAAAAUAGCCCAGGGCGACUUGGAAAUAUUAAAAGACAGCAUCCAACGUGGGCUUAAUGAAUCAGAGUCAACAGUGGACUGCACACAGUUGAUGUUCACAGAUCCAUCGACGGAUGAGACAGUGAUGCGACGUCUAGGUUGCACGGAGAAGUGUUUUUGGUGUGGAGCUCUCUGCUGGGGAUCUCGUGGACACGAUAACAACGCGGACGAAACAAGAAAACACCAUACCUGUCACCAACCACGUGGCCUUGGUUAUACAAAUUAUAAAAACACUACUAAUUUAGUCGCACGGCCUUGCCAUUUAACGUCAGAUGAUACAACAGUCAUUUGGGGAAAUAAUGAAAUGAAGUGGUCUGCUGCGAAGCAAACAGAGUUCAGUCAUUGGAAAUUCGACGCCCAUUGCAAUAAUAAAUUUGAUGAGCUCAUGCGUUGGUUCUUUCAAGAAUUGCACAAAGAUAUUGCUGAGUCUAUAAAAUUGCUUCCAGCAUUAGAAGACGAGUUGAAGAUGUACAAAUGUGAAAACCUUCAUCUUGCACCCAUACUAUCGACAAUUCGAGAGUUAAUCAAAUAGUAUGCAGGGCCUUAAUAUGGGGAUGGUUAACCAACCGAAAACAUGCAUUACAUCGUCAUUGGAUGAUUACAAGUGUCCAAUUAUCAUCUUAAGAAUUCUGGAUGAAGGCCUCCCCAAGUCAUCAUCUGACAAGAUAUAUCUUUUUUUUAUUUUUGUCUACAACCUUAUUUUUUAAAUCUCCAUAUAUAUUUUCAUUUCCAAUCCCUUUUCCGCUGCCCCAUGCUACCACCGAACCGUUGCCAGACCUCACUUCCACAUCGCCGCUCCUCAAUGCCGACGAAUCCUGUCUUUACCCUGGUGUUCGUGUAACGCUGUUUUUUUCCCCUUCCACAUUUUUUAGCAUUUAAGUGUGACGAUGGCACUUUGAGUGACAUAUUCGUGCCAGAACCGUGCCACGUGUAAUUUUUGCGCCAAAUUUAUUGAGGAACAUUUCGCCGAUCGUGCCCACCUGUGGCUCGACUAUUCAUGGUAGACCACUCAGAUUCCUGUACUCAUCGUAACUGCACUGCUCGCGAUGAUGCUGCCGCAGAAGAACACACGCGCCAUCUUGUCUCCAUCUCGUCUCCCAAGCGGCCCAUCGUGGGUCCCCGGCCACGCGGUGAUCCCAGCCUCCAGUGAGGAGGCAGCGGAAUUCAGGCACUGCGAUUCGUCUCCCUGUAGUGUACACAACUGUACACGGAUACCAUGUGUACAAUGCCACGUGUAGAAUACUGUACAAUAGUGUACACAGUAUCAGUGUACAGUACUGUAAAGGGUGGUUCCGAUGGCUUGUGGCCCCAAUUAAUUGACCCCUAACAUGUUCCCUUUGCAUAUCCAUUUCCGUUUAAAAUAAAUCUUCUUUUAAAAUAUAUAUAUUAAGUUUUAGAGAAUUAAAUGGGUGUUACAAGACAUCUGGACUACCCUGUACAGUAUUGUAUAUGGGUACGUAUACAGUAUUGUACACUACAUUUUUUUUUUCUACACAUUUACCCUACAAGUUACAUUUAACAGUGACAAAUAUUUAUAUUUUACAUUACUUCCUAUUUUCAAGAACUUAACCCCCACAAUGGGCAAGGGUUUGCUGUACAUCAGGGGCAUAAAAUGUGCGUACUUACAGAGGAUGGUAGAAAUGUUAUUGCAAGAAAGUGCCAUCAGCACUAAGCAAUAAACAUUGCAUGUAAAUAAUGUCCAGGAUUGUGAUUGUGGUGCACGCACGGGUAAUGGUGGACAGGUUACCCAGGUACCAGGGGCUUGGCGACAAAUGAAAAUAAUGACAUCGUUAAUAUUAUCUAUGUGGUGGUUAUAUGGCUUGGUAGCCAGUGGAAGGAUAAUAAAUAAUAUACUGAAAUUAUUUAGGGGAAGGGGUGUCGAUUUUUCAACUUUCACUAUAUCACAUAGAAGGCGGAAAUAUAACAGGUGCAGUGGCUGAUUAUAAAUGACCAUUAGGUAUUUAAAAAACGCUAGAUUUUAGAUGUUUUUAGUCAUAAACCAUUUAUUUCAGUUAAAGGCCUUCAUUUUUGCUGUUAUUUUUUUCCUUUUUUAUAAUCAAUGUUAUAAAACAGACCACAUUUUAUUCCUGUUAUUUUGGUGUGUGGCCUUAAACGCAAUACUUGCAUGAUUAAUUAUGAUAAUUAUUAGGACAAUUCCAAAUCACAUUAACAUGUCCUUAAAAUCAAGGCUUUUUUAGGUAAAUAGGUGUUGGUUUUGCCACUUUUACGACAUCACAGAACGCCGGAAGAUGACAUUUGGGUGUGGUGCCUGGUAAACAUAUAAAUGACUAUUACGUCUUUUAAAAAUAUUAGAUAUUCGAUUUUUUUUAUCAAAAACGAUAACCAUGUAUUACAGUUAAAGGCUUUAUAUAUCCACUAGCUGUACUACCCGGCUUCGCCCGGGACUUGUAUCUACCACGGCCGGCCGCCUUUGUCUCCCCAGUGGCGAUGUUAAUACGCUACAGCAGUUACUCGUUUGAGGCAGAGUCGACCUAGGGGAGGUUCAAAUAAUCGUCACCGGUGGUGGCCGUGAGCGGGAAUCGAACUGGGUUCGCCGGGUUGGUAGCGCAGCGUAGCGUUAAGCACUACACCCACCGCUCCUCACACACCACACACGCACAGACACACACACAGACACACACAC